AAAUAGGGGUGCACCGAUUGAUCGGCUAUCGAUCACUAUCGGCCGGUAAUCGCUUGGGGAUGUUUGAUCUGUAAAAGGCCGAUCUCUAGCCGAGGACGCGCCUGCUGUGAGAGGAUUGACAGGACAUGCAGCGGCACAGUCUCAAUCUCUGUCCGGCGCGGGUACAAUAAUUAUAAUGCUGUACAAUUCAUAUUUCUUCAUUAAAUAACUUAUAAAGAAAUUUGAAACUUUCUGUGAGACAUAAUUUCACAGAGAAUCACCGCGCGCGCUCUCUUUCAAAAUACGCAAAUGGCUUCAAAAUCACAUCUCGUCUGCACGAGCUGCACGCUGCUGACAGGAACUGCACGAGGCAGUGUCGCAUCGUCACUAAAGUUUAUUUUAUUGACUUAUUCAAGUUUUUUUAAUCCUUGCCAGUGUUUAAACCAUUCAGCGCUCGCGCGCUCUCCUGGGGCGCCAGGUUCACUCACACGCACGCACACACACCGUUUGCAUUGCGUAUGCGGUGCGUAUGUUUCCGCGCUCGUGUUAACGAUUUAAAGCGUUCGCGCUGCACACGGUUGCGGUCCGGCAGUGCGUUCCAGGAGAUGUUGCGUCUGCAGCGGUGCAGAGAUCGUUUCCGCUGCACGCGCUGAAUUAAAAGUGACAGCGCAUUGUUUGCGGUGUAUUAUGAAAGGAAGAUGAACCUGAUGAACUGUUUUCCACGAGUGAGUCAUGCAUGUUCAGGGAUCUGCCAGGAUGCGGGGGGAGAGAGAGACAUCUCUUCACUAGAGCUCUGUCUCUCUCCCUCUGCCAUCUCUGGCCCUCUAUCUCUGUAGAGGAGCGACCUCGCGCUGCUUUUCUCUCUCGUCGUCCUCUGUCUCCAUGGAUUCCGCGUUUUGUGGUUUAUUUUUGGUCCCCGAGCUGCUGCUGCUGCUGCCACACGGCGUUGGAUUUUCCUGACGGCCGCUCGCUCCCUUUCUUCGAACCCUCGAGGACGCUUUCUCGGCUCCAGCAUGUUAAAGAAGUGGACGGUCAGCUGGGAGUUGGAUGUGUCCGUUCGCAUGUAGGCUGGCACACCGAGGGGAAUGCUUCACCGUGCUAAAUACAACCGAUUCCGGAAUGAGUCAGUGACAUCCGUCGAUGAGCUUCUGCACGGUCUCUCCAUGAACGCCAAGGUCUCGGCCGUCCCGCCGUCGCCGCCCGUGGGCGACCCUCCGUACGCCCCGCCAGCCGAGGUCUUGCCGCCCGACCCCGCCGAAGAGUCCGGCACCUUGUGCACCCUCAUCAACAAAGUCUCCAACCUCAAAUUCGCCAACUCCUCCGGACUGCUGGGCAUCAAGGGCCUGCCGUCUGCUGUCAAGGACCUGGCCGUGUCCAAGCUCCAGGGAGGAGCGACAGGAGGUGGAUCCGGCAGCCCGGGCUCGUCUGCCCUCCCUGCGGCCUCUGGAGCGCCUCACGCCCCGCCAGAGACCGGCUCGGCCAGCUCGGGGAAGAAGGGCAGGAUGGAAGAGUCUCAGCCCGGCGGAGAGGGCUGGGGCCUGGGAGGGACGGGUGCCACGGGCUGCGGCGGGCUGGUGAAUAAGCCUUCUCGUGGAUGGCUGCACUCCAGCGAAAAGAUUUCCGGACCUGGAGUGACGUAUGUCGUUAAGUAUUUGGGCUGCAUUGAAGUUCUCCGGUCCAUGAGAUCCCUGGACUUCACCACACGAUCACAAAUCACACGGGAGGCGAUCAGUCUGGUGUGUGAAGCCGUCCCUGGUGCCAAAGGAGCUCUGCGCAAGAGAAAGCCUCCCUCGAAACUCCUCUCCAGUAUUCUGGGCAAGAGUAACCUGCAGUUUGCUGGUAUGAGUAUCAACCUCAACAUCUCCACCAGCAGUUUAAACCUGAUGACACCGGACUCCAAACAGAUAAUCGCCAAUCAUCACAUGCAGUCCAUAUCCUUUGCCUCCGGUGGAGAUCCGGACACGACUGAUUACGUCGCUUAUGUGGCGAAAGAUCCUGUUAACCGGAGAGCAUGUCAUAUUCUGGAGUGCUCUGACGGUCUGGCUCAGGAUGUGAUCAGUACGAUCGGUCAGGCGUUUGACCUGCGCUUUCAGCUCUAUUUGCAGUGUCCAUCCAGCAAACCCUCAUCCAUGCACGACAGGGUUAUGAGUACAGACGAGCCCCCGUGGACGGAGGAAGGAGAGGAGUCCGCCGAUCAUCACUACUACAACAGCAUUCCCGGAAAGAUGCCGCCACCAGGAGGAUUCAUUGACGCUAGAUUGACCAAUCAGACACAAGACAGCAGCCAGGUCGCUGGAGUCGACCAGACGUACUACCAGGGCCGACCCAUGUUCAUCCAACAAGGGUCCUGUGACAUAUACAGUCUCCCUGAGGUCAAAGGUCAAGCCCCUAAGGCAGGAGAAGUGCCCACGUAUGUGAACACGCAGCACAUUGACACGCAGGUGUUGGCCGCCCUCCAGGGAGAGUCAGAGACGCCGUCUGAAUCGGGCAUGAGCGGGACAGCUAAAGACAGCCCGAGGAAGGACCUCUUUGACAUGAAGCCGUUUGAGGACGCCAUCAUGACCCAGACUCCGGCUCCGGCUCCUCCAGCCUCAGAACUGCAUAAAGCGGCGUCCGUGGAUAACUCCAGUCCUCUGCUGAUGCGCGCGGCCGCCCUGAGAGCUCAGGAGGAGCUGGAGGACCAGACGUGGUACCACGGAGAGAUGAGCCGCCGCCAGGCCGAGAAGCUGCUGCUCCACGACGGAGACUUCCUGGUGCGGAAGAGCACCACAAACCCGGGCUCGUACGUCCUGACGGGGAUGCACAACGGCCUGGCCAAACACCUGCUGCUGGUCGAUCCGGAGGGAACGGUCCGGACGAAAGAUCACAUAUUCGAGAGCAUAAGCCACCUGAUUGGCCAUCACCGUGACAACAACCUGCCGAUCGUGUCGGCGGGAAGCGAACUGUGUUUGAAGCAGCCGGUGGACAGAAAACAGUGACGACAGCUGAAAUCCCGCAGGAGGCUCACGGCGCCGCUCUUUCACGACAAAACAAACACGCUCAGAUGACUGAUCUCCGUCGGAGAACACGUGGCGCUUGUCCCACUGCUUGACUGUGACGACGCGGGACGGCGCUUGUAGACGGACGAUUUUAGAAAGCGCUCUCACCGAAAGCUGAUUUCUAGAACUGACACAGUUAUUUUAUUGCGCUGGUUGAGAAUCUCUAUUUUUGAAGAAGACGGCGGUGGAUUUUCGGUGGACGACGGGGACAAGUUUGGACGAACUCGGUCUCCAAGAGGGAUGCGACGAAAACUAGAUAAAGAGUAUUUUAGAAUAAAAAAGUUUUAGUUUUGUCUAUCAAGCACAACCGGAUUUUCACGUUCGUUGGUAAGAGAUAGAAGGAAAACUAAUAUUUGAGAAAACGUCAAUGAAAAACAAAAAAACAAAGCUGUUUAUAUCGACCUAUUUUAGGAGUUGGUCCUUCACUGCAGCUAGUGUGCGAGAUCAUUUGGUAGCUUCACUGCUUUUCAGAAGGAAGAUGACGUGAAUUUGUUUGCUUUAACAGAAAUCACACUCCGACAUGCUGCACGAGCGCACACACACGCGCACACGCACGCACACACGCACGCACACGCACACGGCUUUAAAGUACCUUCAUUUUUCUAUGACGUUGAAACCUGUGGCACUCGCAUGACUUAAAACCUUAAUUGUACUUGUGGUCAUUGUUGGUAGCAUCCAGAGCCCCAGCGGAGGUGCUUUUGUGUGCUCACAAUGUAAAAUAUUUAUGCUUUUCCCAGUAUUCCUUGAGUUUAGCUCCUUCUUUAAACGUGUCAGAGGUGUGUAGUCGCUCGGCUCGGGCCUUUACUUUAUACCUUGGAUGUUUCUAUCGGUUCUGACUUUCAUGGUUUGACUGUGGGCUUCACAAACACACACACUGGUAUUAUGAUUCCUCUUCUGAUGAUUAUUUUCAAUUAAACGGUUCUAAAUGAAUAGCACAAUCAACGCUUUUCUGUGUGAGAGACGGUCUGGUGUGUUACUGGACAAACAUUUUAGCCACGAGUCACAUGCUUCUGUUGCGUUUUGUGUUUCCCUUUAAAUCCACAUUUUAGAUAAAUGAAACUUGCAUUUGAUACAAUUACUGUUUAGUAAAUAGCACUAAGAUACGAACGUUAUUAUAAAGUUUUCAUGCAUACGGGUGAAUCUCAUAAAAAUGUCCAGAAAUUAAGAAAUUGACCCCAAAAUCAACAUAAAAUCAUAUUUUUCUCUUAAAGACAUUGAAGCUUAAUUGUCAUGAAAAUAAUGCAACAAAAUCCUAAUGUUCCUUCAAACAGGUUUCAUUUUCUUUAUGCUGGCUAAAAUUGAUUUUCUUACUGUUUAAGAUAUGAACUUAUAAAGUUAUCAUGCAUAAGGGUGAAUCUUUAAAACAAAAAAAAAAAAAAAAAAUCAACAGAAAAUUCUAUUUUUCUCAUGAAGACAUUGAAGCUUAAUUGUCAUGAAAAUGAUGCAAAAAAUAUUAAUGUUCAUACAAACAGGUUUAAUUUUUUUUUUUUUAUGCUGGAUAUAAUUUAUUCUUUUUUUUUUUUGGCAAUCUGAUACAAUUACUGUUUGAAAAAUAGCUCCAAGAUAUAGACUAAUUGUCAUUUCCUACAAACAGGCCUCGUGUUCUUUUUGCUGAAUAUUAUUAUAUUCUUCUUCUUUUUCAUCCAAUGUAAUUACUGUUUGGAAAAUUGCAAAAAGAUAUAAACUUGUAAAAUGAUACAGCAUAAAUAAGGUGCAUAAAAAUCUCAAGAAAUUGACCUAAAAAUGAACAAAAAAUUAUAUUUGUCAUGAAAAUAAUCCAAGAAAUAUUAAUGUCAUUUUAAUAUUAAUUCAUUUUCUUCAUUUUGGGAGAUUCACCCAUAAAUUGUGAUUUGCAUUAAUGUGAAAUAGGUUUUGUGGUCUAGAAUGAAGUUUCAUAUUUGCUCAACUGUGGAUCUCUUUUCUUUCUCUAAAUUUUAAUAUGAUCGUUUAAUAUAUCGUUUGCAUUAUUGCAUCACUUUGAAUAUUGUCUUUCUCACACAAACGCAACACAUGAUAUUUAUGUAUUGAACUUUGUGAUAUUAAACUGUGGAAACAUUGAUUUGGAGGCACAGGAUGAAUUAAAAAAAGAAAAAAAUAUUUGGUUUUAAAUUUAUUUGAAAUGAUUUCAAUUGAAUUGAUUAAAUACUAAAUAACACACAAGAAAAUAAUCUCAUACUUCAAAAUUUACAGCACAAGAUAAAAUCAGUACUUCUACAUAAAAUGCAUAUUUUGUUGCUAAAUAUUAUAUCACCAUCUAUUUUGCAAGUCAAAGUUUCAUUAUUCUAGCCAAAACUGAAAACUGAACAGAAGGGUUUGAAAAGAAACACUACUUCAGUUUAAGCUCCUUAAAUCUUUACAUAAUUUUUCACAAAUUUCUAGUUUGCAAAAUUAAUGAAGGAUUUUUUUUUUCCAGCGAUGGUCAUUUUUCCCCAAACGUAAACUGCCAAAUCCCAGCAUAAUUUCACAGAACUUUGUUUAUCUAAUGUUAGGGAAAGAUGUUCUAUUAUAUUACUCUCAUUAAACGGACUCCAAAUAAUCAGUGGUGGUUUAACAAUCCCAAAUCUUAAUUAUUCAUUACUAAAAUAUAGUUGAUUUGCAAACAAGUGUUGCUUCGCCAUCCCGAGUUGUGUUCAGGAAAACGUGCCUUUUAUUUGUACUAUUGUGCUUUUCUCUUGAAAGUGCAGUAGUCGAAGCACCUUCCACUGAGAGUUUGAUCACAGCGGUUCACAUGCAGGCCAUGAAACAGGUGACAGAAUUCAACCUACGAAAGUCCAGUCUCUGCUUGUAUGAAUUAUUCCUAUUCUUUAUGAUUGGUGGCAAUAAAAGAAUCAUGUGUAUUACUCUUUGAUUGCGCUGGUUAUUCGGCUGAAUCUGAACACGUUCAGGUCAUAUAGGAAAGAAAUAAGAAAUUAUGUUUUGCAUACAUAUUCCAAAAUAUGAAAUAAUCAUGAGCAUCACAGUUUAGUUUGUGCUGCUUGAAUGUGUCCAGCAGGUGGCGCAAGUGCACUAUUAAUAUUUACUUACACAAGACUUAUGUGCUGUACCAUAACCAGCUGCAUUGCUUUAAAUCGUUAAGGUUUUAUUC